AUGCAUGCAGAUUUUAUUAAACCAUCACCGGCUAUCAUAAGUGUUUAUCGUGGUCAAUAUAUGUCUAUGAAAGAAUUGAAUAUAAUCCGAGAAAAUAUUUAUGGUCGUAUUUCGAUGAACACAUUUUUAUCUACGAGUGCAACAAAAGAAACAGCAUUAGCAUUCAUCAUAAACAAUUAUCAGCGCACAGAUUUAGCAGCUGUUUUGUUUCAAAUUGAUAUUGAUUCUACUCUUGCUACAAAGCCAUUUGCCAAUAUUAAAGAUAAAAGUUAUAUGAAGGAAGAAGAUGAAGUUUUAUUAGCUAUGGGUUCAACAUUUUCUAUAAAUAAAGUUGAACAGGAUGGACAGGGAAUUUGGAAUAUUAAUUUAGUGUGGGAAAACCAAGAGAAUACAGAAUUAAUAGCGUACAUGAAAAAAUCACUUGGCCAAUCGACAAACCUGGAAACACUUGGUACUGUUCUUAUUAACAUGGACGAACUGUAUAAAGCGGACAGAUAUUUCAAACUCUUACUUGAUCAAUUACCUAGCAAUCAUCCCUCAAUUGCCGACAUAUAUCUUCAAAUGAAUACCAUUGCGCUUGGUCAAAGCAAAAUUGAAAUAGCAAUUGAAUAUUUAGAUAAAGCAGAGAAGAUAAUUCAAAUUUCUUAUCCUCCAUACCACCCAUGUUACGGCUCACUUUAUUAUCAGAUGGGACGAACGAAAUUCGCUCAACUGGACUUAUUGUCUGCACAAUCGAGUUUCGAAAAAGCAGCAGAAAUUUUUUUAAAAACUACACCAUCACAUGACAUUAAACUAGCUGCUGCUUAUGUUCAAGCAGGUUACGUGUCUUCUUUAAUUGGUGAGUCGUCGAUUGCUUUAGAUAAACUACAAAAAGCACUUGAAAUUCAACUCGUAAACUUACCAACUUAUCAUCCAGAGAUUGGAGUCACAUAUCAAUAUUUAGGAUCGGCACAGUUGUUAUUAGGCCGAGUUGAAGAUGCGCUUCAUAGUUUUACAAAAGCAUUGGAAAUUUACCGCAAAUCACUCUCUCCAUCUCAUCGCCAAUACUUGACGACAUGCUUAGCAUUAUUUCAGCUACAUAGUGCAAACAAUAAUGAUAAUGAAAUGAUUUUUUAUAUGGAAGAAUUAAAAAAGAAUUUUUCAAGUAUGAUCACACAGAAUAUCGGAGAUACUGCUUUUGCAUCUCUGACUGUAGCAGUUAUGAACGGAUCGGCUAGUGAUGAGGAGAAAAAUGCCUUCGCAGCUCGUAUACAACAAAUGAGUACACCUUGGGAGCGUGCUUUUCUGGAAUUACAUCAACUUAUGCAAGAAGUUGAUGCUAUGAUGAAGAAUGGCGAUUAUGACUCAGCUCUAAAACUCAUUGAUAGGGCUCUGUUACAAUGUCAACAGUGUUUAUCAUCAGUACCUAUGUUGGCAGCCUGUAUGUAUUUCAAUAAGGCAUCCAUUUAUUUCAAGAAACAAGACUUCAGUACAGCGUUAUCCAGUAUUGACAAAGCAAUAGAAGUCUUACCAUCCAAUCAUCCAAUGCUUCAAAGUUAUCAUCAAUUUGUAGGUGAUAUUUAUCGCGAGGAUGGUACACAGAAAAUGAACCUUGGUGAACUUGAUACAGCUCUGGUAGCGUAUAUAAAAGCAGUUAAUUUAUAUAUUACACAUAUACAACCGCCUAUGCAUGAAAGUAUUGCUCAAACUUAUGGGUUCAUUGGAGACAUUUAUGUCCGCAAAAAGGAAUUCGAUUUAGCCAUGGUUAAUUUGUCCAAAGCACGUAAUUCACUACCAACAAAUUUAUUAGUGCCCCAACAUUACCUGUAUAACACCGAGCAGGCUUUAGCUUAUUUAAUUUACAAAAACAGCAUUCGACAUAUGAUCAUUGCGUUAGACAACGAAGCAUUAGAAGGUUUUCGAAAAGCUCUUUCUAUUUUUGUAGAGCAAACUUCUUCACCAAGUUAUGAAAUUGCAACCGUCCAUUUCUACAUAGGAUAUUUGUGCACAAAGAUGACUAAUAAAUCACUGGCUGAAGAACAUUUUCGUUUUGCAAUAAAUUCAGCACCGUCAAAUCAUCCUGUGCUACAGAUUGUAAACAAAACUUCUUCCGAAAUCGAACAGAAAACUCUUGAUUUAAUUCUCGCUGAUUUAUUGAUGAUUGAUUCGAAGCAGUUCGAAGUUGAUUAUGUCCCUCGUUUAUAUGAAAAAGCAAUAUCAUAUUAUCAGCAAUAUCCUAUUGAAACAUCUCAAGUAAAACUUGCAACCGUUUAUCUUCAACUUGGAUCAUUUUAUCAAAAAAACAAUAAUGAUCAUCUUGCUAAAAAAUAUCUCAAUGAUGCUUAUGCCGUUAUGCCACCAGACUCUGAAAAUAUUAAUGAAACUGAAAAGAAUUGUUUUUUGGAGUUCGCUGAAGCUCUAUCUAACUAUGCUACGCACUGUAUGACCAAAUUUGACUUUGAUACUGCAUUUCCACUACUUAACAAAUCACUUCGUAUUUAUGAAAUGUUUAUAUCCCUAACAGAUCCAAGAAUUAUAAUCAUUUACCGUCAAUUGGCUGGAGUUUACGCCGUUAGACUGAAUAUUCCAUUAGCAAAGAUGUAUUUAGAAAAAGUAGUAGCCAAUCCAAUAAAUCAAGAGAUGUAUGAAGAAAGUAAGUGUAACUCCUAUAAAAGAAGAAUAAUAAAGAAGGUGUAG